AACGUGCCAUCAUUAAUUGAGCCCCCCUCGCUUUUGCUUGGGGGCUUUGUUCAGCUGUAAUACACUACAAAGGCUCAUGCGGGUCUCUGUGUGUGCUUGAGUCAUUUUGGUGGCUCUUCUUUUGUGAGGGUUCAGCAUCCUCCCGGUGCAGCAGCAGCAGCAGCAGCAGCCCUCCCCCUCUGCAGCCUCUCCAGCAGUAUGCCCGACGUUCAAACGGAAGCAGGCGCUACCAUUUUGAAACACAGCACCGCUUAGUAUGACCUAAAACAAGAGACACUGCGUCCACUGGAAGCGAUUUGUUCCUCUCGUGUCACUUACAAUCUGACGGCUCAUCACUUGCAAGCGUUCCAGGAUCCGGUUGCCUAGCAGCGCCAUGGACAAGAGCCACACAGUGAAGCUCUUCGUGGGUAACCUGGCAUUGGACACCACGCAGGAAGAGCUGUCGGCCAUCUUCGAACCCUACGGUCAGGUGGUCAGCUGCAGUGUGCUGCGGCAAUUCGCCUUUGUGCAUCUGCAGGGGGAGGGUGCUGCGGAGCGGGCCAUCCGGGAGCUCAAUGGACGGGAGUUUCGCGGUCGGAAUUUGGUGGUGGAGGAAUCGAGGGGGAGGCCGCUGCACUCCACCAAGGUGUUUGUGGGUAAUCUGAGUGGCAUGUGCACCACAGAAGACCUCCAGCAGCUGUUCCAGACGUUUGGGAAAGUCCUCGAAUGUGACAAAGUCAAAGGCUAUGCUUUUGUUCACAUGGAAAACAAGGAAGAUGCACUACAGGCCAUCGAAGCCCUGCACGGCACCUCCUUCAAGGGCCGGCCCCUGUCCGUAGAGCUCUCCAAGGUCCAGCCCAGCAAGCAGGCGCCGACGGGGAAGAUCCCGUGUGUAAACUGUGGGAAGCAGGGCCACUAUGCUGGAGAAUGCCCUGUGGGGAAACCUUCUCUGGAGCAGUACCAGAGUCAGGCAGCGGUCUUGGCUGCUGCCGCCGCUGCAGCCGCUGGCCUACCGCUGCAGGUCCAACAAAGCGUGCACAAUUCAGUCUACAACACCUCCACCUUUGAUCCCACUUAUGCUGCUCUCACGGGGAUUACCACCGGGACACGCACAGAUGGGAACCCGGUAAAUCCAGCUGUUUAUGGUGCCCUUGCCAGCCAGGUGUACGGUGCCAACGUUGCCAAUCAGCUUUACGGAACAGUGGCCAAUCAGGCUGCUCUCACAUCAGGGGCCACGCAGGUAUACAGCUCCAUGACACCUAAUAUUUACGGUCAGAUGGCUGCAUCUCCAGCAGCCGCCGCCGCUGCUGCUGCCGCUGCCGCUGCCUACACGACUCCGGUUUACACCCCGACGAUGGCCAACCACCCUGUCUAUCUGGCCGCGGCUCCUGGGAUAGAAAUGCCAACAGCGGCGGCCGCCGUUAAUACUGCCUACUCUGUAGCGCCUACGAUUUACAGCGCCGCCGCACCAGCCUACGCUCAGUUAAGCGCCAUGGGAGCAGCGGACCCGACUACGGCUAUCUUUGAGGCUGCCAGGCAGGCGCAUUACUUCGCCCAGGGCCAGCAGGUUGUGGCUGAGCAGCAGACGGCAGCUGCCGCCACAGCAGCAGCUGUGGCAAAGUCCGGAGAGAGGGAUCGUAGUCCACUGCGGAGGUCGGCACCUCUGCUUCCGGACCCCGUGAUGAAGCCAUUUAUGUACCAGAGGGCCAAGCCACGCCGACCCCUGCUCCCCACGCCAGCUGGUCGAGCAGCUGAAGAGGCAGUGGAAGCCGCAGAGGACCCCAUGGCCAGGUACUACGCGGAGUACUACCAGCAGCUACAGCAGUACCCACAGUUCCAGUAUGCCUACCCAUCACCGAGCACAGUGACCGCCAUCCCUGGCAUGCCGGGAAUGCAGGCCAUGCAAGCGGUCCAAGCAGUUCAGGCUGUCCCCACGAUGCAAGCCCAGCCCGUCGCCACGCUGGACGCACUCAGGCCAGUGGUCCCCGCCGCUGCGGCAGUGGCAGCCGCCAUGGCUGCGCCCAGGGUGUAUGAGCCGCCGUUGCCGCCGCCCACGCGCAAGGAGGCCAUCCUCCGCCGCCCCGAACUCUCCCUUCACACGCCUGAGCCCCCCUUCCGAUAGUCGCACACAACUCUUUGCCCGCCCCUCCCUCUUUGCCCUGAACCCCUCCCACCCUUCACCCUCCCCCACCCACCCCAAUCUCCUCUUCCAACCCCAAACUUGACCACCUUACAGCAGCUGUAUGUACGUGUGUGUGUGUGGGUGUGUGUGUGUGUCUGGGGGCUCUAAGUGUGUGGUAUUAAACUGGGGACUCCUUGGUUUAUUAACCUGCUUUAGGAGAAACUUGAUACGCCAGCCUUGGUUCAGUUUGCACGCAAACACAGUGCAGCCACCGAAAGGGAGGCUUUCAUCUGUCGCGCGGGCAUUCUUUGUGCUUCUCAGUUUUACUUUUUUAUCGUGCCAGUCUCACACUUGUGCCAGUAUUAGGCCGCCCCGCUCGGCCGUUUCAUAUAUGCCUUUAUUUCCGCAAACCCAGUUAUGAUUUUCUAAGGCCGAGACCUUCGAUAGACGACAUCAGCCAUCCUCCUUAGGCCUAGAUGAUCUGUUAGGGCAGCUAAUUUGAAACCUUUUUUGCCUUAUGUUGAAGAGUUUCAAUUUGCAAUGUAACCAGAUGGAAAGUCAGGGCGACGCUCUCGCGCGUGACGGCUGCGCUGCGUCCCGUCCGGCAGAACCAAGGUUGAGUCUUCUUUUUUUAUUUGGUUUGUUUUUUUUCGAGGGACGUUUUGUCUUGAAUGUGACGUGGGCUGCGUGUGAGCGAGUGAGAGGUGAGGGCUUGCUGACCUUGCAGCGCACAAACGCAGCAGCAAAAAAAGAAAAAAAAAACUGCGCCUUGCCGAAAAGGAAAGGAGAGAAAAAAAAGAGUAAAGCACACAUAAACGUACUGUAAUGUAUGUUUGGAUCUCCCCUUUGACUCCCCCCUUUUUUUUUUUCUGAACCCCCUCCCCUCCCCUCCCACUCCACCUUUACUCUAACUGCAGCAAUGAAAGACACUGCUUCACCUCUCCCUCUCUCGCUCUUUGUAAUUACAGCUGCCUACCUCUUACAGCAAAUUUCAAUGUCUAUUCUUUCCUAUUGUGUUCUCUUCUAUUGUCGGCAGUUCCCGCUCCUUGUAAAGGGAUAGGGUCAGCAGUUUGGAGGGGGAGGAGCCAGACAUUACCGACAGUGACUUUUUUUGUAGAUGUUCCGUAUCGAGUCCAUCAUUUUCAGAGGCCUUUUUUUAAAAUAGUGUAAAUGUGUUUUUUGUUGUUUACCUGUGACGUAAGUCAGCCUGGGAUGUGAUGAACUGUAAACGGUGGGGAAAGGAGGAAAAAAAAAUCAAUGUGUUACUACUGAGGGAGCAGUUUACAAAAGGAUCUUUUAAUCGCAUCCUGUUAGAAACCACGAUGGUAUGUGACAAGCUCAAUCAUGUGCCUAUAAAGCCUCGAGUGAAGUGCAUUAAGUGGAGGGACCUCCCAUUUUUAAGUGCUUUUGACAUUAUUUUUUAAUCAUUUCAAGGAGGGCGGGGGGAGCCCGACCUCCAGAGCUUUAGUAUCCAGAAGGCUUGGAGAGCGAGCGAAGCUUUCUCUGGGACUCCUGCGUAGGAUUUGUUUCACAGCUCUUAAAAGAAAAAGCCACAAACCGAGCCUUCACGGGUUCGUUACUUUACUAGCUGCUGGUUAAAGCAGAAACAGUGAUAGCACCAAUGAAGUGAGAGGUGGGGCAGUGUCGUCCACGUGCUUCUUUGACCCUCCGAAUACCAGACCAGCUUUAGAUUGUGACUGCAAAAAAAGGAAAAGAGAGAAAGUGUCUGUUUUAAUAUAUCUGUUGGAGCUUGUAGAACUGGACUUUUCACGAGUGGCAAAUCCCACCCGCGUAGCUCUGCAUUUCAUUAAAACAGCCACUUUCAAAGUAUUUUGCAACUGCUAUGUGACGGCGGUCUGCUGCACACGCCCUUUUACUGCCCUCCCGUUCCCCUCUCCUCCUCCCCUCCUCUCUCUCCCCCUGUGUUUUUUUUUCUUUCUUUCUUUCUUUUGUUUUUUAGCGGUUAAGUGACUUCUUUGCAUCUCACGGUGUAAUCUCUCUCUGUGUCGUAUAUACAGAACACAUACCAGUUGCAUCCUUUGUAGAACUAUGUGGUUUGCGAAAUGUCUUGUUUGCCAUGUUUGAGAUCGUAUUUUUUAGAGAAGUAUUUUAAUUUUUUUUUUGCCUUCUUUUUAAGAAAAAUAUAAAAAGUCAAAAGUUUAAAAAAAAAUCAUUCAAAAAAAAAAAUCAGCAUGCUUUUUAUUGAGAAUAUGUAUUACUAUAAACCUUAUUAUAAUAAAGAAUGUUUUGGCUGACACUAAUGUGGUAAAAGAAAGCAAAGGGUUUGGACAUUUCCCCUUCUUCUUCUUCUUGUUUAUGUUGUUCUUCUCCCACUAUCUGUUUCUCCUGUGUAAAAUGACCACCAGACCCAUUUGACUGGGGACCCAAGGGGGAGACAGGUGUAGAUGCUGGCCCAGCUUUGCUCUCUUUGGUCGGGGUAAGUGCGGGUUGGUGCUCCUUUCCUCUCUCCAGCCUCUCAAACUCAGUGCAAACCAACUCAACCGUCUCAAAGGGUUUUGGGGUUAAUUUGCAUUUGAGAAGCAUUUCAGUGAUUCAUUCUGACUCUGUAAAAUUAAAAGUUAAAACAAAAGGAUUUUUCUUGUAGAAAUGAUGUUUUGGCACAGUGAGAGCUGGGGAGAGGCACACAGAUAGAAUGGCCUGGGUGCAUUUUGAUCUGUGGAGCAGUCCUGUUUCCUUGGGCGAGGGGGGUUUGAUGGGUGUGUGUCUGGUCUGGUCUGGUCUGGUAUCUCUCCCCUGCUGUACCAAAUUCUCCCUCUCCGUGUGUCUCUGUGUCCUCUCUGCUCUCAGACCUGCAUGUGUGAUAAUCUGUAACUCUGCCGCACAAACAAACAAACAAGCCCCACGUCAGUCCAGCUCUUGACUAACUAUCUCAACUGAAAUAGGUCACUGUGCCGCCUGGAACGGCCGGGGUGCAGCCGUGCGUGAGCGUGGCGGCGUGAGCCAUGGGGACGACUUUUAGCGCGACGCCAACGCAGCGGGAACUCGUUCUCUCUCUCUCUUCACCACCAAGGUAAAUAAAAAAAGUUUUCAAAAAAAAAAAACAAACAAACCGCAACAACAGCAGCAAAAGAAAUGAUAAAGAGCACUGACUUCCCCUCUCCCAACCUGCCGCCCCUCCUUUGACUGUGCCUUGAACAAACACUCCUUCCCCACCUCCCUCCUCUCCACACUGCCAUUGCCACCUUCCUCCCCCCACCUCCCCCAGUCCGUAACUCCUCCUCUGCUGCAGUGGCAGUGCCGCGGCUACAGCCUUGGGCUUCUCCUCUGUGGGUUUGGUGGGCAGGGUUUGGGUGGGGUUAGGACCCCUGCACAGGUCUCAGUCAAGUCUUGCAAUCAGCUUUAGGAGGCGACUGGCGUGCCCUCUGUCCUGCUGGAGUGUGUGUGUCUGUGUUUGUGUGUGUGUGUGUGUGUGUGUGUGUGUGUUAAAGAGAAGGAAAGCCGUUUUUUGUUUGUUUAUUUUUCUGUGGGUGGUAUUUCAUUGAUUGGUGAGGCUUGACGCCCCCACCCCACACACCCUCCCCCUGCCCUCGCCACCGCCGUAUUCGCCGCCCUUGCCCCCUUCCCUGCCCGCCCCGGUUCCCUCCUCCUUCCCCCUCCCCUUUCUCACACCUCCUCCUCCUUAACCCCGCCCUCCCUCCUGUGCGCCUCUCCUUUCCGCCGUUCACACACAAAUACACAGCGCUUUUUUGUUUUUCUUCCCCCCCUUACUCCCGCCGCCACCGCCGCCGCCACCACCACCACCUUGGAUCUGGGUUUGUGGCUCUGGCUCGGACUCAGACUUCCCAGAACCACCCACCUAAACCCAAACUACCCACCCACCCUCCUUUUGUUACCGUAGUGGCCUGGGCGUGCCAACGGACAGUGUAUGUGUGGUGGCUCGCCGCUGGACUCAGUAACACGACACAGAGAGACUUCAGUGUUGGACGAGCCGCUUUGCUGAAACUGUUGAAUGAUGGGUUUGCGCCACACAGCUGUGGAAGGGAUCGUAACUCCCAUAAGACCUUAGCGCCAUCACAAAACGAGAUAAACCAACAGGGGGUUUGUCUUGGGUCCCUCACAGCCUGUGUGCCAAUCAGAAACGUCCUAUAAGAUCGGCCGAGCUAAUGAGGCCAGUCUGACCUGUAGAUUCUCACCAAUCUCAGGACUCCUGUAGGACUUUUCUGGUACGGCAGCUCUGUUUCUCUAAUCCUGGUGUCAGCUGGACCGGCUGGAUAUGUGCUAUGAGUGACUUGUAUGAGGUGUGGCUAUUAAAUAAUGAGACGUCACGCCGGUUUGACUCACAGAGGCUCUGUUUUGUUGUUUAACAGCCACGCCUCGUCUGCAUUCUUACCUGUUAAGACUAUUGAUGCACACACACAGUCCCGCACACACUCGCUGUAUGUCAGAUGAGUUUGUCUCGCAUUUGCUCUGACCGCUGCGAGACGGAGUCGAGACAAGCGUGGCGCUGCCUUUCUGUCCGCCUAACAAACUAAAAGGAGGUGGGGAGGAUUGAGUAACUUGUAAGGUGAGUUGGUAGUGGAAGGAUCCUUUGGCCCAAAGCUGCUCUCUAACCUCACCUUUCUGAUCUUGGAGCAUCCCAUAAUAGAGUCACUGGCCAGAACCUUACCCCAAGAAAACAUUGUCGCGCUCAGUGUCUGUGCUAAUAAUAACGAGCCCUUGAAUCUGUCUCUGUUGCUUGGAUACAAAGUGCAAAAAUCCAGUUAAACUGAUUUUUUGCAUUCACAGACUCAUUAAGUUUUUUAAUCAUCUGAGAGCACCCGUGUGGAUGCACAUAGAGGCACACAGAGGCCAGUAUUAUUUCUCUCCAAAGGACCGCUGUGUAGGAUUUAGUGUUUGAGGACUGGACGUGUAGUGCAGGAUCCAUAGUCCUACAUUAGUGCACAUUUGCCUAGAGAGAAGGAUUGUGGGUAUUCGAUCGAUGCAGAGACCAUGUGUAGAUGUGGUGAAAGACCGAAAAGCACA